UAUAGUGACAGUGAUACGAUUCAAUGAUUCCAAAGAACACGUUAUUCUACGUUAUCUGGAGUCUUUACGUAGUCAUCUAUUUGCAUGAUCGUAGUCUCAGAUGUGACAGUGUAUCGAUCGUAUCUCGAACUCCUUCCGCGAUAGUGUGAAGCUUUUUUUGCUUAUUAUCAUCAUGAUGGCAAACGAACAAAAUUACAGCGACAGCGUGGUGCAUAAUGUCCCGCAAGAGCUGACUAGUGAGGAUAAAAAAUAUGCGGCGGCAUAUUUGAACGAAACUGAUGAAACUAGAGAAAACGCCGUCGCGGAAAUUAGACGCUGGAGCGAGGACGAACUGCGCAUACGAAUCUAUGAUUUCCUUAUUCUGCGAUUCUUAAGAGUCUGCAAGUUUAAUUUGGAGAAAACUAAGAUUAGGAUACAAAACUAUUAUAAGCAGCAAUCCGACUUACCGGAAUGGCGCAUGAAUAAGGAUCCGUUUCAACAGGAACUACAGGAACUACUUGAUUUGGGGUUGUUUUUACCUCUGCGGAAACUGGAUAGUCGAGGAAGAUUGAUUCUCAUCGCACGCGCUACUCGUUAUAAUCCGACAAUACACAAACUAUCGAACUUUAUUAAGAUCGGUUUCAUGAUGGUAGAGUUAGCGAUGAAGAACAACGCCACAGCAUCUAUAUAUGGUUGCGCAUCGUUCAUUGACGUGGUCAAUCCAACAAUACGUCACAUAACUCAAUUUCGACCCUCCACAUUAAUGAAUAUAGUACACACAUGGCAAAACUGCUAUCCUAUACGGAUGCAAUCGAUUAACAUUAUCAACGCGCCAACAUUUUUUGAUGUUAUUAUCAGGAUUAUGAAAUCUUUCAUGACG